AAUGUUUUAAUUCAAAAAGAUAGCCAAAUUACCUUUAAUUCUAAUUCAAUGUGAAUGUGGAAGGGAGUUUUUAUAAGAAGAAAUGUAUUGUUGUCUAUCGUAUUAUUAUUUAUUCAUCUUAGAUGCCAAAACAGUAUGUGUAGAUAUUGUACAUCAAAUGAAAUAUUUUGUUAUUAUUGUAGAAAUUGUGGAGAUGUACAAAUUACAAGUGAAACAUCCAAUCUGACAGUUAGUUGUAGUUCUUGUUUUGAAUGUCCUAUUUGCAAAAAUGUAUUACGUAGACAAAUAGACACUGAAAAGAAUUAUGGAUUCACAUGUUCAUAUUGUUUUUAUACAACACGAUCAAUUGGAGUGACUGAUCCUAAUUUUUAAUAAGUCUAUGCCAAAAUUAAUAAUGCUUAUAAAUAGGAAUAUGAAGCUGAGUAUAAGGAUUUUUAAGAUUAAUAUAAUCGAAUUAAAAGUAUUGAGAAUAAUAAUUUCCUCAUUAAAAAACAAUAAAAAAAUAAACAUGUCUUAAAAUCAUUAUCAUAAUCAUGGACUAAAAGUGAGGCUUUAGUUCAUUAUAGUAAUGCAGAGAUAGAUAAGAUGACUAAAGAAAAAAACUUAAAAGUUGUUCUAUAAAGAUAUAACUUAGACUUAAAUAAUAAAUAAGUUGAAUUGCAGGAUUAUAAUCCUUCAUUAUAAACACCAGCUUUAUUACCAAUACCUUUAGGAUUAUUAAGUAGAAAGAAUAGAAAAUGCAGAAAGUGUUAAAAAUUGAUUUUUACACUUUAACCAGAAAAAAAUUCAAAAAAAUUUGCUUAUAGUGUUUAAAACUUACAUUAUGAUCAUGCUCCUUAUUUGUAAAUAGGGAAAGUAUCUUAUGUGAAUAAGGAAAAAACAGAAUUGUCAGUAGUCAUCUAAAUGUUUAAUAAAACUAAAAAUGCAAUGGAAUAUUCACUAUCUCCUCUUGAUUAGUAAAUUUUGGAAUAAUAUAAAUUAUUAACAGUUAAGAAUCUUCCUUCACCCACUUUUACAUUCAAUAAUGAUAAUAUAGAAAGCGAUGUUUAACAAUAUUAAAAAUUCGAAGCCAUUUUAAUUAUUAAAGAUGCCACAAAAAUUCAAUUUGCAUUUUCUGUAUCAGCUAAAAUUAAAAUGCCCAUGGAUUAACAAUAAUUGAAUUAUAAUGUUAAUGUAUAUAUUGGAACAUUAUGA